AUGGCAGUGCAAGACGAAAUUCAACUGGACACCCAUAGAGCUCUCUUUUACCACUGGCGGGUUUGGGAGCUUACUGGCCUGAUGCGACCACCAGGGGUUUCCCGCUUGAGCUACCUGGUGUACUCCAUUGCGAUCAAUUUGGUGGUCACCUUGUUGUUUCCCCUGAGUCUGAUCGCCAACCUGUUGUUCACCACCAAUUUGGCCGGAAUGUGCGAGAAUCUGACCAUUACCAUCACGGAUGUUGUGGCCAACUUGAAAUUUGUCAACGUGUACCACGUGCGGAAGCAGCUUCAUGAAAUCCGAACGCUCCUGCGGCAAAUGGAUCUGAGGGCCACGCAAGUGGGAGAUCCCGAGGAACUGUCCGCUUUGAGGAGGGAAGUGGAGAUCGCACAGGGCAGCUUUCUGACCUUUGCAAGGAUCUUUGUUUUUGGCACCUUGUUGAGCUGCAUUCGGUUGAUCAUUCGUCCUGAUCGGGAGCUUCUGUAUCCGGCUUGGUUCGGCAUCGACUGGCGCAAUUCGACGCGAAGCUAUGUUCUGAUUAACAUCUACCAGCUCUUCGCUUUGGUGGCACAGGCCGUCCAGAACUGCGCCAGCGACUCGUAUCCUCCGGCGUUUCUCUGCCUGCUCACGGGUCACAUGCGUGCCUUGGAGCUGAGGGUGCGGCGCAUCGGCUUUGGGCCAGAUUUGAGCAAGGAGGAGGUGUACGAGGAGCUGAUCGAGUGCAUUCGAGAUCUGAUGCGCGUGCAUCGGCUGAGGGAGAUCAUCCAGCACAUCCUUUCGGUGGCCUGCAUGGCCCAGUUCGCCUGCUCCGCCGCCGUUCAGUGCACCGUGACCAUGCACUUCUUGUACAUGGCGGCUGACCACGAACUGACCGCCAUGAUUAUCUCCAUUGUCUUCUUCACGGCCGUCACCUUGGAGGUGUUGGUCAUCUGUUACUUUGGCGACAGGAUGCGAACGCAAAGCGAAGCUUUGUGCGAUGCCUUUUACGCCUGCAAUUGGGUUGAACAGCUGCCCAAAUUCAAGCGGGCUCUUCACUUCACGCUGGCCAGAACCCAGAGGCCAUCGCUCAUCUUUGCCGGCAACUACAUCCCCCUCUCCCUGGAGACCUUUGAGCAGGUCAUGCGGUUCACCUACUCUGUUUUUACGCUUCUGCUACGCGCCAAGUAAUUUUGAUUGCCUGGUGCUUGAAACGAAAUCCGUAUAUUUCGAAUUAAUCUUAACUAAUAUUUAUCUUUCAUUAAUAUAAAUUUC